AUGGAGGCACCGGCCCGUCCUCAAUCGAAAAGGCUCUCUAGGCCGAAGAUAACGCUGCAAAUUCCAGACGCGUCUAUGGCUUUUCCCGUUCGGGGCCCGCAGACGGCUUCCUCGAUUUACAGGGCCAGCCCGAGGCUAUAUGCAAAGGCGCCCACAACUCCGGGGUCGCAUAUCUCCGACCCCCUUGGGAACCCGUACGUCAACCCCUUCGUCCAUAUGUACCAUAGCAAAGCGUCAGAGUUUAUGUUCAAACAGUUUGAGGGCUUCAAAGACUUUACAAUGAACACGGCGAAGAGUGGCCUAAGUGUCGGUGAGAAAACAGCUUUCUGGUUCUACAACAAGUUGAAACUACUCUCCAAAAAGUGGUUCACCCAUUUCUUCUUGACUUUAUGCUUAGCGUUGUACAGUCUUAUUGGUGCGGCUGUAUUUGCAGCUUUAGAAGGUAAG